AUGAAUUUUAAUAAUUCAAAUAUUGAUAGAAAUUUAAAUCAUCCAAUAUGGUUGGAUAAUCAGAAAUCUAUAAAUUAUACAACUAUUUCAAAAAUGAACUAUACUCGAUAUCCAAAUCGAAAGCUUACACCAGCCGCUACUUCAAUUCGACUUCGUCGUAACGAAAACAAUUGUUAUGCAGUAUCUGGUCAUCAGAGAACACCAAGCGCACCUAAUCUAAGAUGUGAUAUACCAGUAAACUGUCAGCAUGAUAGACAAGAGGACAAUUUGUUCAAGUAUCAUAGACCUCGUCAAUUAUUACGUCGAAAAGAUUCUAUUCAAGCUGCACCUCCACAUAUUUUAUCCGAAGACAGAUCAUUGUAUAAAUCUACGUUUACUGGACAGAUGGCUCCCCGUCCAUCUAGAAUCCAACCACGUGAACAAGGUAUAAAUGGUCUGGAGACAGCUCAACAAAAAGUCAAAAACCUUCUGGAAUCAAAGGAUUUAACUCAUAUAAACGAAGAUGUAUACAAACAAAUUUAUCCUUUACCAAAUAAUUCGACUUAUAAUACUGACUUCAACGAGCAUAUUUUCCAAGAUGUUUAUUCGGAAAAUACAUUACCGAGAAUUAAUUCUAAAAUGCAAGAUAAUUCAACUGAUUAUCGAGAAAAUUAUCAUUCAUGGAUUAAACCAUCAAGAAAUGAUGGGAUUAUGCAACGAAUUGGGUACAAUUGGAAACCUACACCUGCUGUAUAUCUUCCAGAAGAUCCUAAUAAACAUGAACCAAUAGAAUCUAGUACAGUAUAUCGAUCGAAUUUUAUUGAUUUUUCCAAAGAAAAAAUAAAAGCUCGUAUGAAACCUAGUCAAAAAGCAUGUUAUUCCGCUAUUCAAGCAGAUAAAUUAUUAAAUAGUUUUGAUGGUAAACAAGAAAGAAUACCAAAAACAUUAUAUCGUGAUUCAUUUAUUGGUUUACAUAAUGUAGAUAAUUGGAGUGAUAGACAUAUAUUACAAAAUUCAUCAUCGGUUACAUCCCGAACUGGUAGAUAUCAACAAAAUGAUGAUAUGUAUUGGUUUGGUGUAGAUGUAAUACCAUAUAGAGAUACAAAAGAAUCCAUUUUUACUGAAUCAUGUUAUAUAGAGAAUCCUUAUCAAAAAUUACAAGUUUAGUAGAAAGAUAAUGAAUGAUACAUACAAAUGUAAG